GGUCCCUUCCUCCCUCAGUUCUAGCAAACCCCUCGAAGCAUUGGGUGAGCUCCGAGCAGUACAGUGCAAGCCUUUCUCACUUCUAUCUAUUUCGAUCAUAUCAUAUAUCCAGACCCUUCCAUGUUCUCUAGCUUCUUGUAUAUAUAUCCACUUGAGUGAACCACUACUGCUAUCUGCUCCAUGCCUAGCCAAAGCUCUCCGCAAACUCUCAAUGGGAAGCUAAAGCUCAACACCAGCACCACCAUUCUCCUGUUCAUCGUCUUCCUCUUCACUCUCUGUAUCAUCUCAUGUGAAGCUCGUCACGAUCACCUCCGUAUCAGUGACAAGUACUCGAGCAAGAAGUCUUCCCUGGUUCCCAAGGAUGUGGCUGGAGACGAUGUUGUUGGGAGCAAGCAGCCGAUCGAUCAAUCAGUGGGCAAGGAGGUGACGCUGAAUGCGAAGAUGGAAUUGGCGGCAUCAUCAGGGAGUUCUUCUGGCUCUCUGAAUAAACGGUUUGAAGGAACCAAGGUGAGGUCGGUUGCGCGAGAGCGUUCGGUGCUAGGAGCUGAGACUAACAGAGAGCAAGUAGGAUCAAAGCCGGCGACCACUGCGUACACCGCGGAAACCCUAGCAGCCAUGGACUACCCAGUUGCACACACAGCACCAGCUGUUCACAACAGGUAGCCAGUUGCAAAAAUGCCAAAUCGAUAGCAUGUUCGGCCUUUUCACAUAAAUUGGCCAAAUUUUGGAGGCAUAUAUCGAGAGAAAACAGUUCGCUGUUGAUAGUGUGAUCACUGGUCAGAAGUAUGUAGCGUCAGAUCUCUCCGAUUUACUUAGCCCAUCAAGCAUCAAGCCUGUGAUGUUGUAUAUAUAGGAUUACAAAAUAUGGAGGCAUGAGUGAAUC